AUGGGAGUACUUCCAGGCCUCGAAGUUGACGUCAAUCAAAGCAUCACGUACUCGUUUCAAGUAAGUUCUGUAGUUUGCAAGUUUUGGAGAAAGAAUCAGUGGAACUCUUACGGUUGUACCGCCAAAGCUCACAGUGAAGAUGUCGGAAUCCACUGCCAAUGUGAACACAUAUCAACAUUCGCUGCAGCGUUCUCAGUGCCACCUCUUAAGGUGGACCACUUCGCUGACAUUGACUUGUUUCUUACCGUUCAAAACAAUCCACUUGUUCUCUGUAUAAUCAUAUUUUUGAUCGUACUGUAUUUAUUGCUUGGUGUUCUACUAUGGUAUCUGGACCGAAGAGACAAGAAAUUUACAACUGUCAUCGUGUUGGAUGACAAUAUGCCAGGGAACCGUUAUCCUUACCUGUUGGCGGUAUACACGAGUUCUCGACUCAAUGCGGGCACUACCGCUCACGUGGGGCUGAAACUUAUUGGAACAUUAGGAAGUAGUCAUAUCCAUAUACUAACAAAAGAAAACGCUAAGGUAUUAAGAAGGAAUAGUGAUGAUUGGUUCCUGCUGUACUGCGCUGAACCACUGGGACUUCUUGACAGCAUUCACAUUUGGCACGACAACCACGGAUCUAGCCCUGAGUGGUAUUGUGAUAAGAUACACGUUUUUGAUUUAAAAGUUGGGAUUGAAACAAUUUUUAUAGUCGCACAGUGGAUGGCUCUUAGUCUGAAGUAUUACCCAGAAGCAAUGUACAAUCCCACCUAUGAAGAAGAACUAUUAGGGGAAGCAUUUAUAUUCGGACCUAUCAAAAUAGCCCUAGUCGCCAUUGUACUGGCAUCGGCUUCCCAGAGAUUGUACGACUUGGAUACUCACACGGUCGACUACAAAAAAGCACGUCGUGUACGUAUUCCAAGAGAUGAAAAAUACCUGAUAGACCUAAUAACCAAAAGACAACAAGCCAUGUACACCCCUCUUUCUUACGAAAUGAGGCUAACAAUGUUUAUGAAGAAAGUGUCAAGACACAAUUGGUUCAAUCUACUGGACUUUAUAACCACGACUUGUUUUGUUUUUGCAAUAAGUUUAGUCAUAUCUCGGUUAUGGGUCUCUUACUAUGACAUCAACAGUCAAGUGCAGAAGUUACUCACAUUAUCUCAUCUUCCUUUCAUGGGAGCUGUCGACUUCUUUAAAAUAACCAGUGUCAACGAGAUGGAGAACUAUUUGGAAUAUUCAUUGGAAUCCGCUUUGUACAAUAACAGGUGGUACAACGAUUUUGAAAUUGUAAAAGAGGGAACUACGAACGAUACUAGAGGAGGUCACGAAAUGGACCGAUCGUACUGGACAGCAGAUCUCAGCAACAAAGUUCUGGGUCUUCCACAAUUGAGGCAAUUCCGCGUAAUACCCAUAGACUGUACACUCAUUGGCGACGGACACGACAAGUGCAUUCCCGGAUUGACAGAAAAGUAUCGAGACACCGCUACUUACGAGGUCGGUUGGAAGCUUGCGCCUUGGUCUGAAUCGGAGAGAAAGAAUUCACCUUGGAUUUUUACAGAAGAUGACUACAAUUCUCAAUUCCUCUUGUUCAGGCUAUACGGUGAAUCCGGUAAAUUGUACGAGCGAGGAGGGUAUUCUGUGACCCUGGGACCGGCAAGGAGUGAUGCAGACGCGGUCAUCGUGGAGCUGAGAGAACACAAAUGGCAAGACAAGUUGACCCGUGUUGUCUUUGUAGAGUUGACUCUGUACAACAUCAACUUGGACGUAAUCAGUCAAAUCACGCUUAUUGUCGAGCACGUCGAAACUGGCAACAUCCUUCUCAGAGCGAUGGUUCUCACUGUGGAACACUAUUGGAUAUUCAAUAACGAGUGGCGGCUUCGCAAGAUGCAAAGAAUGGAACGUCAAGGACCCCGGAGUCUCGGUCCAGGAUUCAUUUGCGUUGACGUAUAUACUGUGGUAUCUGGGAAAGGAGGCGAGAUCAGAGGUCGGAGUCCAAUAAGACGCCGAGGAGACCGCAGGAGACUGUGGCGGUGCCGCGCAGUGGAGACGGGAACUGUGGAACUGGUCCGGUUCUCUUAUUAG